AUGUGGACGGCAAACUGGUGGUGGGACGUGCAGAAACUUCUUCCUCCUGGUGCCACUGUGGCUCCCGUCAUCCUUGCCUUGGACAAGACAACAUUGUCCCGUAUGAGCGGGGACAAAUCCGCCUGGCCUGUGUAUCUUACGAUAGGUAACAUAGAAAAAAGCGACCGCCGCAAGCCCUCUGCGCACGCGACAGUCCUUCUCGGCUACCUCCCGGUCGCGAAGUUGGAAUGCUUCUCUGAGAAGCGGCGCGCACUCGAAGGAUAUCGCCUAUUCCACCUGUGCAUGCGUAAGCUGCUGGAGCCGCUCAUAGCUGCGGGCAAAGAUGGCGUA